AUGUACUCCUUGCCUUCUUCCCACGACAGCCACACCUUUGCCUCCAGCUCCUCCCAACACCCCAUCUUCAUGCAGAGCAUCACCAGCACAGACUCAGAAGACCGUGGAGAGAGAGAUAUUUUCCUGAAUCCAGCAUCUGCAUUUCCUGUUUCCGGUGGCACCUGCAGUUCAGCCCUGCCAAGGAGCACUGGUAACAUCCACUAUGUGACCCUGGACCUCCAGCCGAGCAAGCCAUCCGUAGGCUCUGUCACGUCCAGCAAGAAGGUGGACUAUGUCCAGGUGGAUCUGGAGAAGACCUGGGCCCUGCAGAAGACCAUGCAUGAACAGAUGUGCCUGCGGCAGUCCUUGGAGCCUCCCAGGGGUGCCAAGCUGUGACUUGGGCCACCAAAACCAGAGCGGGGUCAGGACAGUGCUUCAGAGCUGCUCCUCCACGCUCUACAGCUCUGUGGUAUCAGGGACCGCAUCCCUUAUCCAGAGAGCAGAGGCCUGAUCAAGACACAUCCUCUGCCUCCUUGGGGCCCACGUCUGCCUUUGGCUGGCUGUGGUCCCCACCUUCACCCUCUUGCUCGGAGCGGUUGCCAGCAAGCAUCCUCAGUCUCUUCUUGCCCCUCAGACCCGGGCUCCCAACAGAUUUCCUCACUCACACU